GUGAGCACAUGUUGCCGGUGAAAGCGGAAGUAGGAUUUUGAAUUUGUUUUGAGUUUUUACUUUAUUUAUCGACUAACCACCUAAGCUGGUUACUUCUCUGGACAACGAUUGUUGGUGCCUAAGGAUGUCGACCCUUUUCCCAUCACUGUUUCCUCGAAUGACGGAGUCACUAUGGUUUAACCUGGAUCGUCCGUGCGUCGACGAGACCGAGUUACAUCAACAAGAGCAGCAGCAUCAGACCUGGUUGCAGAGCAUAGCUGAGAAGGACAACAACUUGAUGCCAAUUGGAAAACCAAUUUUUGAGGAAAAGGCUCAGAAGCCAACGUUUGACGAAGAGGAAGAGGAGGAUGAUGAAGACGAGGAGGACAGCGAGGAGGACUCGGAGGAUGAAGAAGACAUGCAGGACAUGGACGAGAUGAACGACUACAACGAAUCACCUGAUGAUGGAGAGAUCAAUGAGGUGGAUAUGGAGGGAGCAAUCCAAGACCAGGACCAAUGGAUGAUUUAGAUUAGCCUUGGUCCCAUCUCUUUUGACUCUGCCGGAACAGUCUGCUGAUCUCACUGUCACACCUUCUAAAACUGGUGACGCUGCAAGGAGGGGUGCCAGUUUUUACUGCACGAGUGAAGUGUGUGUGAAACUGCAAUGAAAACUGUUCACACCGUUUUGCCUUUUGAGUUCCUCCUCCACCCUAUUUUGUCCUUUUGUGCAGGUCACAAGACGUGCUGUGACUACGGACCCGAAUACUAUCUACUGUACACCCACCCACACCCUCCCAUCCUUCCUCUGUCCCAAGGACGCGUGCUCUCAGUAUUAAAACAGUGUGGCGUCAGUGUGUGAACUUGGACCUCUUGUCUGUCUGCAGUCAUGUGCCACAGCUGAACGGGCUGAAAGGUGAAGAGGAACAAAGCUCCAGGGCUG